AUGCCCGCUCAAAACCUGCUUUCGUUAAACCCCUUAAGGUAUCAUGACAAUCAGGAAAGCGAAGAUUCCAAGGAGGUAAUCGCGCCAGUUCUGUUCGAGAACAGACCAAUGCAUUGCGACGAAUCGGAAGUGGUUGCACAAAGCAUGCGAGCAGAAUUUUCAGGUUUCAGCGACACCACGAUGCUGAAGUGCUUGUACUUUGCCAAGUCAACGCCCUUGUUCAGCCCACCAGCAAUCUCCCAAGCUACGCCCACCGACGUACAAACGGUUACAACCAAGUACAUGGAAGCGUUCUUGCAAGAACGAAAACUACAAGAUCCCGUUCCAAGGUCUUGGCAACUGGCAGGUGCGUACCUGGACCGUGACGUGCAAAAGCUUGUAGACGUACCGAAAGCAUCAAUGCAUUUGUUCGAUGCGGACUCGGGUGAAAUCACGGUAGUUCCAGAGAGCGAACAAGACCUGCACAGUCUGGUAACCCACGGGGACAAGAUAAGAUUUCGCAUGCUAAACUGCGACGCACCCGAAACAGAACACUCGUUGUGUAUACACAAGCAGCCGGAAGGAUCAAAUACGCUUUCCAAAUUCGUUGAAAGGCACAUGGGAAUCGAAGCUUUACGUGUUGCAAGGCAGAUGUUGUUCGAAGCCAUCAAUGUUUACUUGCAAGUCGAAGUGGAUCGUCACAAACAAGUGUCAACAGCCAAAGAUCUGCACGGCCGUAGACUUGCGAACGUUUUCUUGCGUGGAAAGGACAAGAGACUCUACAACUUCGCUGACAAGCUUGCCUUUUCUGGACACACGCUUUCCUUCUACACUACCGGUAUUGACAUGUCCAUAGAUAGAGCAAUGCGAGAUGCAAUAGAAAAGAAACGAGGUGUUUUUUCUCUACCCGAAGAAGUAUUUACCUACCCCUACCGACCCUGGGACUUGCGCAAGCUGUGGAACGAUGUUGACAACGCGCGAAGGUAUGACCCAUUUUGAACCGACCUAGCGAUCCGAAAGUAUGGAGUGGCACAGAAAAUGAUGACGGCGAUCACAUGGACAGUGAAAGCAGCGACAACUUCUUUUUCAAUAUCCAGCCCUUCACGCUGUUCUGGGAAAGCCGGUGCUACGCAGCUAAAAGCACAAUUCCUGAUGCCGGACUUGGUCUAUUCAUCAAGCCCCAUGACAACACAAUAGAAGUCAACGACCACCUUUGCCUUUACGCCGAGAAUAGCACAAACCUAGAAAAAAUCACCGACAGCGGUAGCUCUCGCAUAUAUGCAAUGUAUGUACCAAGAAAAAGACUAUGGUUUGAUGCUGAUGUUGAGACUGGAAAUAACCUAGGGAGGUUUGCCAAUCAGCCCGGUGUCUUGGAAGCCUUCACUGAAAUUAAACGUCUGUCAAAUAAAGACCUGCCUCACUUAACAGCCAGCGAUUGGAUAAACGUUGAAAAAGUUCUCGAUGAACAAUGCAACGCGUGCUAUGACACAGUCCGUGACCAAUUGGUAGUCAAAGCUCGAAAGCAAAUGCCGAAAACCCAUAAACCUGUGGAAGUGUUCAUGAAUUAUGGAGGACUGAGAGAGUAUUGGAUACCACUGAUCCUACAGCACAUGUCUGAUGCAAACUUCCCAGCAGAAUUGAAGGCCAUUGUGCAAUGGCUGCAGCAAUCGGAACAGUGUAAUUGGACAGUCGAACAGCGUGGUCCCCAUCAUUGUAAAAGUUAUUAA